AUGAGCUCGUACUUCGUGAACCCGCUGUACUCCAAGUACAAGGCGGCGGCCGCAGCGGCGGCGGCGGCGGCGGCUGCGGCCGCGGCGGGCGAGGCCAUCAAUCCCACUUACUACGACUGUCAUUUCGCGCCCGAGGUCAGCGGCCGCCACGCCGCCGCCCUGCAGCUCUAUGGCAACAGCGCGGCCGGCUUCCCGCACGCGCCCCCGCAGGCGCACGCGCACCCGCACCCGUCGCCGCCGCCCGGGUGCGGCGGAGGGGGCGGCCCGGGCCCCGGGCAGGACUACUUCCACGCCGGCGCGGGCAGCCCCGCCGCCGCUGCCUACCAGGCCGCCCCACCUCCUCCUCCGCACCCUCCGCCUCCCCCCUGCGGCGGGAUUGCCUGUCACGGGGAACCGAAGUUUUACGGAUACGAUAACUUACAGAGACAGCCGAUUUUUACGACCCAGCAAGAGGCCGAGCUGGUACAAUAUUCUGACUGUAAAUCGUCCAGUGGUAAUAUUGGCGAGGACCCAGACCACUUAAAUCAGAGCUCGUCUCCUUCUCAAAUGUUUCCCUGGAUGAGACCACAAGCAGCUCCUGGUAGACGGAGAGGAAGGCAGACCUACAGCCGCUUCCAAACCCUAGAGCUGGAAAAGGAAUUCCUUUUUAACCCCUAUCUGACCAGGAAGAGAAGAAUCGAGGUCUCCCAUACCCUGGCCCUCACGGAGAGACAGGUAAAAAUCUGGUUCCAGAACAGGAGGAUGAAAUGGAAAAAAGAAAACAACAAAGAUAAGUUCCCCGUGUCCCGGCCCGAGGCAAAGGACGGAGAACCCAAGAAGGAAGCCCGAGACCUGGAGGAAGAUGGAGCCGAAGGCCCCACAGAUUAACUUCUAAACUUCACAGUUUUUACCACAGACUAUUAAGACUAACGAUCAGCAGAUGCUGAUGGACACCGCCUUUCCCCCCUUCCUUUUUGGAGAGGACUUUUACCUGUGUUUCAAGCUACCUUAAUGCCACUGCUCUUGAGGUUUCUGCGCUUUGAAAGGGAUUUGGGCGUUUUUUAAAAAAUAGUUUGUAGUAUCGCAUAGAAGCAGUCCUUGAGCUGCCCUAUAGAAGGGUAAUUUGAUACCGACCUUGUAGCUAUAUUUUUAUAAUGGUUGUUUUUAAUGUCUGAGCUAGUGAUUUGCCUCAACAACGUAAACUUCCUAAUGAUCAGCACUAAAUGAUUGAGUAUAAAAUGCUUUAUUAAUCAAACAAGUGCACUUGAACAUUUUAAAUCUUUAUGGUGGGUAAGUGAGUAAAUUAAAAGAAGUCUAUUAAUAAUUUUUUUAAAAAAAAUUAUGCCUGCAGAAUAUUUACUUUAUAUUAUUUGAUGAAAUGUAUUAUUUAUAUUUUUCUUUCUGCUUUUGUAAAGAUGGUUCGGGUGUCUUUUGGUUUACUUCAGAAGGUUUCUUUGAACAUUUUUGUAAAUGUCUGUCAGGGAAGAGUCUGGGCCAGAUAUUGGAAAAGCACAUUACCUGAAGAGUG